AGAACACAACCCGAUUAAGAAGGACAAGGAAAGGGAGCGUGUUGUUUGUUUAGGUUUUCACUGACAAAAUGGGGACGCUCUCCUCUUGUGGUUGUAUUUUUGGACUCUCUGUUUUACUUGCAUGUACGUUAGCAUCGUCAGAUGUGUUUGACAGCGUUUUGGGAAACACAGCAUCCUGUCACAAGUCAUGUGAAAUGACAUACAGUCUGCACACGUAUCCACGGGAAGAAGAAUUAUAUGCUUGCCAGAGAGGUUGUCGUCUGUUCUCCAUUUGUCAGUUUGUUCGUGACAGCGAGGAUUUGAAUCAGACCAAAUCCGAAUGUGAAUCAACCUGUCGGGAAGCGUACACGCACUCUGAUGAGCAGUAUGCCUGCAACCUGGGCUGUCAAAAUCAGCUGCCGUUUGCUGAGCACAGGCAUGAGCAGUUAGAGGCCAUGAUGCCCAGGAUUCAUCUUCUGUACCCCCUGACACUUGUCAGAGGUUUUUGGGAUGAUGUAAUGAGUCAGGCUCACUACUUCAUCACUUCCACAUGGACCUUCUACCUCCAGGCUGAUGAUGGAAAAGUAGUUAUUUUUCAGACUGAACCAGAAGUCAAGUUUUUCUCCCAGAUUGAACUGGAAAGAGAUGUAAAAGAAGAGCCACAGAAGAGCUUUCCGGGGCUGAGCAGCCCAAUUUACAAAGAAUACCAUCGCACUUUAAUCCAAGAGCGAGACAGAGAUAUGACUGGUGACAGCAGCUAUGAUGAUGAGUACAACAUCUUCAGCUGUCUUUCAAGGAGCCCUUGGCUGCCAGGGUGGAUCCUAACCACGACCUUAAUCCUGUCCGUGUUGGUCCUGAUCUGGAUCUGCUGUGCCACAGUGGCAACUGCUGUGGAUCAGUAUGUACCUGCUGAAAAAUUGAGCAUCUAUGGUGAUGAGGAGUACAUUAAAGAACAAAAACUGAUUCCAUACCCUGCAUCCUCCCUGCUCAUCAUCACCUCCAACGGGCUGGAGGAGGAGGCAGGACCACUCCCUUCUAAAGUGAACCUGGGCCAGUCCAACAUCUAGAAGCCAAAGCUGCACCACAGAAGGGAUUUUUCUUCUUCAUGCAUAAUCUGUAGUUAAUUUCUGCCCUGUGGUUUCAGGCCUGUGCUGCUUGUGGUCUUUACAGGACUUUUGUAUCGGGUGAUAAAAUGUCAAUAAUGCAUUUGAAGUUUCUGAACUUUUGGAUGAAAGAAAGAACUUUUUCUGUAUAUUGGUGUAAUUGAGGCAUUACAAUAUAGUUAAGAACGUACGAGUCAAAGUUUCAGGACUUUUUUUUCCUUUUUU